GAACCACAGUCACUUUGGCAGGGGCGAGAGAAUUUGUGAGUGAAAAGUGUGUGUGGUUAAUGGACUUAGCAAAACUCCAACCAAACAAAUAACGGGAGUAAACAACGAUCAAAUCCUAGGGCUUUCUUUGGACUCGACGGCACAUAUAUCCAGUUUCUACGCGACGAAUCCAAAAUCGAGCAGUUUUGAUUUGUUGAUGGCUUCUUUGGUCAGUCAACUUGUUUCCCCUGCAAGUCAUGGUUAUAAGGUGUGGGAAGAUCCAUCGUUCAUCAAAUGGAGGAAGAGAGAUGCACAUGUUUCACUGCACUGCCAUGACACAGUUGAAGGAGCUCUUAGAUACUGGUAUGAACGCAGUAAGGUGGAUUUUCUGGUAUCAAAUUCAGCAGUUUGGGAUGAUGGUGCCGUUUCUGCAGCUCUUGCAUGUGCAGCUUUCUGGGUCAAGGGGUUACCUUUUGUUAAGUCAUUGUCGGGUUAUUGGAAGUUUGUGUUGUCUCCAAAUCCUGCCCACGUUCCUUUGAAUUUUUAUGAUAGUACAUUUGAGGAUUCUGCCUGGGGAACCUUACCGGUUCCUUCCAAUUGGCAGCUGCAUGGAUUUGAUCGGCCCAUUUAUACGAAUGUUGUGUAUCCAUUUCCACUUAAUCCGCCUCAUGUUCCUGAGGAUAAUCCUACUGGCUGCUACAGGACGUACUUUUACCUUCCAAAAGAAUGGGAAGGUCGUCGGAUAUUUUUACACUUUGAAGCUGUUGAUUCUGCCUUCCAUGCAUGGAUAAAUGGGGAUCCUGUUGGAUAUAGCCAGGAUAGUAGACUACCUGCGGAGUUUGAAAUUACUGAUUCCUGUCAUCCAUGCGGGUCUGAAGAGAAAAAUGUUCUAGCUAUUCAAGUGUAUAGAUGGAGUGAUGGGUCUUACCUUGAAGAUCAAGAUCAUUGGUGGCUAUCUGGCAUUCAUCGUGAUGUUCUUCUGCUAUCAAAGCCAAAGGUAUUCAUUGCAGACUAUUUCUUCAGGUCAAACUUGGGUUCAAACUUCUCAUAUGCAGAUCUACAGGUUGAAGUGAAAAUUGAUAACUUGAGUGAAACAUCCGAGGAGAACAUCCUUGCAAACUUCACUAUUGAAGCUGCAUUAUUUGACAAUGGGAAUUGGUAUGGCAGUGAUGGAGAUAUUGAUUUGCUUUCAUCUAACGUGGCUCAUUUAGAGAUCAGUCCACCCUCGGGUGCAAUUCUUGGAUUUAAAGGGUAUCUGCUUGUGGGGCAGCUGCCAAUGCCUAAGCUUUGGUCUGCAGAGCAACCAAACCUAUACACUCUUGUGGUCAUCCUCAAAGAUGCAUCUGGGCAUGUAAUUGAUUGUGAAUCAAGUCAAGUAGGGAUUCGACAAAUAUCAAAAGCCCUGAAACAGCUUCUUGUGAAUGGGCAUCCAGUAAUGAUAAGAGGGGUAAACAGACAUGAACAUCAUCCCCGCAUUGGAAAGACAAACAUGGAGCCCUGCAUGAUUAAGGAUCUGAUUCUAAUGAAGCAAUACAAUAUCAAUGCUGUCAGAAACAGCCACUAUCCCCAACAUCCCCGGUGGUACGAGUUGUGUGAUUUGUUUGGCAUUUACAUGAUAGAUGAAGCCAAUAUUGAGACACAUGGUUUUGAUCUUUCUGGGAAUGUAAAGCAUCCAACACAAGAACCAAUUUGGGUUUCGUCAAUGAUGGAUCGCGUAAUAGGGAUGGUGGAGAGGGAUAAAAAUCAUGCUUGCAUUAUUAUUUGGUCUCUAGGAAAUGAGUCCAGCUAUGGACCUAAUCAUGCUGCUCUUGCUGGUUGGAUUCGAGGACAAGAUCCAUCGAGGCUGUUGCACUAUGAAGGUGGAGGAUCCAGAACCACCUCAACUGAUAUUGUAUGUCCAAUGUACAUGCGUAUUUGGGACAUUGUCAAGAUUGCUGAGGACCCAUCUGAAACACGACCUUUGAUAUUAUGCGAGUAUUCACAUGCCAUGGGGAACAGCAACGGAAAUAUUAGUGAUUACUGGGAAGCAAUUGAUACCACAUUUGGUCUCCAAGGAGGUUUUAUCUGGGAAUGGGUUGAUCAGGGGCUACUGAAGGAGGCUGCAGAUGGUAGUAAGCAUUGGGCAUAUGGAGGUGAUUUUGGUGAUACUCCUAAUGAUUUGAACUUCUGUCUGAAUGGUCUAAUAUGGCCAGAUCGAACUCCCCAUCCUGUCCUACAUGAGGUUAAAUUUGUCUAUCAACCGAUCAAGAUUUCAUGCAGAGAUGGUAUAAUAAAGAUAACCAACACCUAUUUUUUCGAAACAACGAAAGCACUGGAGUUUAUGUGGGCUGUUCACGGUGAUGGGUGUGAACUUGGAUCUGAAAUCCUCUCUCUUCCUCCAAUCGAUCCCCUGAGUAGUUAUGAAAUAAAGUGGAAGUCUGCCCCUUGGUAUUCUCUAUGGGCUUCAUCUGCUGCAGCAGAAAAUUUCUUGACUGUUAAUGUGAAGCUCUUACAAUCCACAAGGUGGGUUGAAUCUGGUCAUGUCAUAGCAUCUGCUCAGGUCCAGUUGCCUGCAAAAAGAGAGUUUGUUCCUCACGUCAUCAAAACUAAUGGCAUCACUAUGCAUAGUGAAAUUACCGGUGAUACAUUAACUGUCAGCCAGCAGAACAAUUGGGAGAUGAAAUUUGACAUUCGAACAGGAGCAUUUGUGAGCUGGAAGGUGGAAGGGGUUCCAGUGAUGCAAAAAGGUAUCUUUCCAUGCUUCUGGCGAGCACCCACAGAUAAUGACAAAGGUGGAGGUGAAGCUAGUUAUUUCUCCAAGUGGAAAGCUGCUGGUCUUGAUAACCUUCUUGUCCUGAAUGAAGGUUGUUCUAUUCAGAGUAUGACGGAUCAUCUUGUGAAAAUAGCAGUCAUCUCUCUUGGGAAGCCAAAGGCUGAGAAGUCUUCCAAUGAACCGAGUACAUCGAAUAUUCUCUUGAAGAUUAAUAUGACCUAUUCAAUCUACGGUUCUGGAGAUGUCAUCAUGGAAUGUAAUGUGAACCCAAGUGGUGAUAUUCCCCCAUUGCCACGUGUUGGACUUGAGUUUCAUUUGAACAAAUCAAUGGACCGGAUUAAAUGGUAUGGGAGAGGUCCCUUUGAAUGUUAUCCAGAUCGAAAAGCAGCUGCCCACGUUGGGGUACACGAGCAGAAGGUGAGUGACAUGCAUGUUCCCUAUAUUGUUCCUGGAGAAUGUUCAGGUAGGGCAGAUGUAAGGUGGGUGACAUUUCAAAAUGAGGAAGGAACAGGAAUAUAUGCGUCCAUAUAUGAUGGCUCUCCACCUAUGCAAAUGAAUGCAAGUUACUACUCCACUGCGGAGCUUGACAGGGCCACACACAAUGAACAACUUGUCAAAGGAGAUGAUAUUGAGGUUCAUCUCGAUCACAAACACAUGGGAUUGGGUGGGGACGAUAGCUGGUCGCCAUGCGUCCACGACAAAUAUCUGGUUCCUGCUUUGCCAUACUCGUUCUCCGUCAGGUUCUCUCCAAUAACUGGGGCCACCUCUUCCCAGGAGAUCUACAAAUCUCAGCUUUGAAGUUAUGGCUCGCGACAUGGUUUGUUUUCCUUGGAUAAUGGAUGCUUUGAACUCCUAAAAUGCGAUUUAGGCUGAUCUCAACUUUCGAACGCUUGAUUUUGUAACACCUGCAAUCAGUCUGGUCCUCGCAUUGUUGUGGCUUUGUAAACAAAAAUGUUCCUCUAAUUGGGGGGUAUCAACCAGAAUCCUCUCAGUGAAGAACCUAACGGAUCUGUUUUUCGAACUAUUUUUUUAAGUGGCAGUUAUGGUGUUCUGGAGUA